AUGAAAUUACAAUCAUCCGAUCCAACUGUCACUGCAAAUCGAUAUUCAAAUCAAUCUACACUAACUACGGAACCUAAGACUGGUAGUCGCAUGGAGAUUUCCUGCAGUCACUGUUUCAAGAUAAUAGAUGUAGACAGUUACUUUGAUCAUUUGGUUAGUUUAAGCUCAGAUUUUUAGCCUAAUAUUGUGAUUUUUCUAAUAGAGAGACUUUCAUCUGAUAUGAAGACUAUAAUGCGACGACAGGUUCUAGCAGUUAACCACCACUACUAUGACUUCUGUACUUCAAAUCAUGUUGUUUUAAUUUUUCAUAUUUUCUUUUCCUCAACAAAAGAAUUUUUACAUAUUUCAAUAAAAUGGGUGUGGGUGUGGGUGAGUGUGAGUCAGUAAGAUGCUCCCUCAUACCCACACCCACUACAGCAUCCACACGCCCGCCCACACUAACACCUAUACCCAUACAAUAUGCAACUUCUACUCUCAGAUGAACUUAUUAUUCUUAUCAAAAGCUGUGAUGUUUUGAAUUUUUCUUUUAAUGAUAUCGUAUCAAGAAUAUCGAUCUCUUACAAAUAACUAUUAAUUGAUUCACGGUUGACAAAUUAUACAAAUCAGCUGUCAAAUAGAACCCAGCGUUUCCACAAGAAGCGGAACUAAGAACCGAAUUUUCAAGAUUUUGAUAUCCGAAACCGAAGUGAAACCGUUGGAACCGUGAAGCUUUUACUGGUAACUAUAUUCGUCUAUGCUUAUUCAACUUUAGCUAUUUCGAUCCUAGUAAAUUUUCCAUUCACUUAUUGCUUUGAGUUUUGAUGUUAUCAUAAUGCUAGAUGAUAAGAAAGUUUUUUCAGGCAUGGAUACUGCAGAAAAAGUAAACACAGAAUUUUGAUAAAGAAAUCUAAUAUUGCUAUAAAGUUGCCAGGUCAAUCACGCUCAAUCGAAUCCGAUCGGAUUCAAAUAAUUUUGGGGUGCUUCUGUCGGAAGUUGUCGGAAUCCCAGUUACUGGAUUCCGACGAAAUCCGGACCGGAAUUCGUUAGUUAGAAUUGAUUGACCUGAGUUAGUAAGAAAAUUUUUAAUGGAACUACUCCAACUAAUCGGAAAAGGAAGACUACCGAUUGUGAUCAACAAUCCACUUCGUUGCAUUGCACAAUCAAGAAUAGUUUAAGACUUCAGCAGCAAGAAAAAGAGUUGGAAAAGACGAAAUAUUUGAUAUUGUUAUUUGUGGUGAUGAUUAUGAAACAAAGAACACAGGUUUUAGUAUAACUCAUUAAAUCGAUGAGGGUGUGGGUGUGGGUGUGGGUAAGAGUGUGGGUGGGUGUGGGUCAGAGGUUCAAACAGGCUCACUUUUUAAAGGCCUCGCCUGCCUGAGAUCGGCUUACAUCCCUUGUAACCUGUCUGUGCCGGUUCUUUGUUUUCUUUGGCAUAGCCUGCCUGCCUGUAAUUUUUCAGGCCUGUAUGGGCCUGCCAGUCAAGGCCUGUGUAUUUUUUUCACGUCAAUAUCAUAGUAACAUGGGGGUGUGGGUGUGAGUGUCGGUGUCGGUGUGCGUGUGGGUGUGGGUCUGGGUGUUUGAAGAAACUAUCCACACCCACACCCACGCACCCCACGCCCACGCACCCCACACCCACGCAUCCCACACCCACGCACCCCACACCCAUCGACCCACACCCACCCAUACCCACACGCACACCCACCAUUUGAUCUUUCAUAAACGACAAAAAUUUUUACUCGACACCUCUUUUUUUCCAAAAAUUUUUCAAGAUCUCUGUCAUCCUCUAUUCGAAAAAUCAGCCAGUUUUCGAAAAAAUAGAAAAUCUUUUUCGUUUUUUCUCCGCUUAUGACUUCUUAAUGGUGCAAAUCAAGUUUCUCUGUUGUUACUUAUACAAUGAAUUUAAUUUUCUUCUGUUUGAAAGAGCGCGUCAUUCUUUUUCAAAAACAAAACAUUCGAAAUACAUGAAAAGGAGUAUGGGUGAUGGUAUUGACUUGAUAUCAACUAUGUAUGAAAAUAUAUAUAAAAUGUUUUGCUUUGAGGCUUUUUAUUUAUGUAAAUAUGAAUAUAAUAUGCUACAUACGUCAAAAUAAAAAUUAAUUUGAUAGUUAUUUCUACGACCUUUUGCUCCUCAAUAUUUUUUCAAGGAUGAAUAUGUUUCGAUGUUAUUUUGUAUGCAUUAUUCACUAGAGCUCUGCGGUUCCAAAAAAAUUACAACCGAGAACCGAAUCGAGGACCAAAUUUUUGUUUCUCUUACCUGGAACCAGAACCGUUAGGAACCGAACUUUUUCUUGAGGAUGAGAGUUUCAAGAUGUGUGGAUGUUGCAAGAUGCGCAUUAUAUCAGUACCUUGCUUCAUUUAUUCAUGAUAAGUUUUCGUAGUAAUCCUGGUUUUCAAGAAAAAGCUCUUAAGUUAGUGAAAACGGUUUGGGUGUGGGUGUGGGUGUGGGUGUGGGUGUGGGGUACGUGGGUGUGGGUAUGGGUGUCGGUGGCUGUGCACGUGGGUCUUCUCGUCACUCAAAAUCACAGCAUACACCCACACCUACAGCCAAAAUCGAGACUUGAAAGUAAAAAUGUGGAAGAUCCAGACUGUUCUUUCGGUACAACUCAUUUUGUCAUCCAUAAAAGGC